AUCUGAGCCAGCGUUACUGGUCUCCAGAAGAGCCCAGCUGCAGCCCCGGGGCCCCGCCAGGCCUCUUGCUGCCCGCCCGGGCCUGCCGGGAUGGGCACGGGCUAGGCCUGGAGCUGGGGGCGGGGCGGGGCAUUGCUCCUACCCCGGCCUCUAGGUGGCUGCAGCGCCCCGGGGCAGGGCACAGCGCUGGGGUGGGGCCUGAGGGAUUCCCAAACCCUGGGUAAGGGGCGUGUCAGACAGUGGGGAGUCCCCAAGGGGGCCAGAGCAGACCUCGCUGCUACCCCUCCCCACCGAGCACCUUUGCAACCUAACCUAUUACUGGAUUCUACAUCUGAAGCCCUCCAUGGGUAGAGGGCUUGCUAGAGACUGCAAGCUCUCUAAGGACACGAUGCGGGAGGGAUGGGGACAGGACUGGCUUUUAGGAUCGAGACCCCAUCUCACAGGCUUCCCUUUCUUAUCCUACCCUACCCUAUUAGUCCUAGGGCUGUUGGGUCCUCCCCUUUCCCUUGCCCCUUAAGCCCCCCUCCCCAAGUCACAAGUUUUCUCUUUGGGGCUUGUUGCUGCAGUCCGUGCUCCAGUACCGAGUACCUGGCUGGGCCCUGGGCACGCACAGGGGCCGUAGCCCCACUGUGUGUGGGAGCCAUGAGGAUCCUGGCUAACAAGACAAGGUUACCCCACCCCAGGAGGAGAGAAGCUCCAGGGAGCCCGCCGCUGUCCCCCCGCGGCCACUGCCCCCCUGCCCCAGCCAAGCCAAUGCACCCCGAAAAUAAAUUGACCAAUCAUGGCAAGACAGGGAAUGGCGGGGCCCAAUCCCAGCACCAGAAUGUGAACCAAGGACCCACCUGCAACCUGGGCUCCAAGGGCGUGGGGGCGGGGAGCCAUGGGGCCAAGGCCAACCAGAUCUCACCUAGCAACUCAAGUCUGAAGAACCCCCAGGCAGGGGUGCCCCCUUUCAGCUCGCUCAAGGGCAAGGUGAAGCGAGAGCGGAGUGUGUCGGUGGACUCUGGAGAGCAGCGUGAGGCUGGGACCCCAUCCUUGGACUCAGAGGCCAAAGAGGUGGCACCUCGAAGUAAGAGGCGGUGUGUGCUGGAGCGGAAGCAGCCAUAUAGCGGGGACGAGUGGUGCUCUGGACCUGACAGCGAGGAGGACGACAAGCCCAUUGCGGCCACCCACAAUUGUAAUGUAGCAGACCCAGCCAUGACGGCCCCACAGCUGGGUCCCAGCCAAACUGCCCAACUGCCUCUCAGUGAGAGCAGUGCACCAGGCCCCCCACAUGGCCCCCCACCAGGCCUUCGACCAGAUGCCCCUGGGGGUGGGGGCGGGGGCGUCUCUGGAAAGUCUUCCUCACAGUUUGUGUAUGUCUUCACCACCCACCUGGCGAACACGGCUGCCGAGGCAGUGCUGCAGGGCCGGGCAGACUCCAUCCUUGCCUACCACCAGCAGAACGUACCCCGGGCCAAGCUGGACCAGGCCCCCAAAGUGCCACCCACCCCAGAACCACUACCCUUAAGCACGCCGUCAGCAGGCACCCCACAGUCUCAGCCACCUCCACUGCCACCACCGCCACCCCCAGCACCUGGCAGUGCACCCCCUGCUCUGCCACUGGAGGGACCUCCUGAGGAUACCAGUCAGGACCUGGCUCCCAGUUCGGUGGGAGCUGCCAGCACAGGUGGUGGAGCUGGGAGCACCCACCCUAACACCCCAACGGCUGCCACCACUAACAACCCUGUGCCUCCUGGAGGAGACCCCAGCAGUGCCCCAGGCCCUGCCCUGCUCGGGGAGGCCACCCCUACAGGAAAUGGGCAGCGCAGUCUGGUGGGCUCCGAGGGGCUGUCCAAAGAGCAGCUGGAGCAUCGGGAGCGCUCCCUCCAGACCCUGCGAGACAUUGAGCGGCUUCUGCUCCGCAGUGGGGAAACCGAGCCCUUCCUCAAGGGACCUCCAGGAGGAGCCGGCGAGGGGGGCCCACCAGCACAAGCACCUCCUGCCCCCCAGCAGCCACCCUCGGGCCCUCCCACCGGCCUGAAGAAGUAUGAGGAACCUUUGCAGUCCAUGAUUUCACAGACACAGAGCUUAGGGGGUCCCCCACUGGAGCAUGAAGUGCCUGGGCAUCCCCCAGGCGGGGACAUGGGGCAACAGAUGAACAUGAUGAUGCAGAGGCUGGGCCAGGACAGCCUGACACCCGAGCAGGUGGCCUGGCGCAAGCUGCAGGAGGAGUACUAUGAGGAGAAGCGGCGGAAGGAGGAGCAGAUUGGACUGCACGGGGGCCGGCCUCUGCAGGACAUGAUGGGCAUAGGAGGCAUGAUGGUGAGGGGGCCCCCGCCUCCCUACCACAGCAAGCCUGGGGAUCAGUGGCCACCUGGAAUGGGCGCACAGCUGCGGGGCCCCAUGGAUGUCCAAGAUCCCAUGCAGCUCCGAGGCGGACCUCCUUUCCCAGGCCCCCGAUUCCCAGGCAACCAGAUGCAACGGGUGCCUGGGUUUGGGGGCAUGCAGAGCAUGCCCAUGGAGGUGCCCAUGAAUGCCAUGCAGAGGCCUGUGAGGCCAGGCAUGGGCUGGACUGAAGACUUGCCUCCGAUGGGGGGACCCAGCAAUUUUUCCCAGAGUGCUGUGCCCUACCCAGGUGGGCAGGGUGAGGCAGAAAGAUUCAUGACUCCUCGGGUCCGGGAGGAGCUGCUGCGGCACCAGUUGCUGGAGAAGCGGUCGAUGGGCAUGCAGCGUCCCUUGGGCAUGGCGGGCAGUGGCAUGGGGCAGAGCCUAGAGAUGGAGCGGAUGAUGCAGGCCCACCGGCAGAUGGAUCCCGCCAUGUUCCCAGGACAGAUGGCUGGUGGCGAGGGCCUGGCGGGCACUCCCAUGGGCAUGGAGUUUGGUGGAGGCCGGAGUCUCCUGAGUCCGCCCAUGGGCCAGUCUGGCCUGAGGGAGGUGGACCCGCCCAUGGGGCCAGGCAACCUCAACAUGAACAUGAAUGUGAACAUGAAUAUGAACAUGAACCUGAACGUGCAGAUGACCCCGCAGCAGCAGAUGCUGAUGUCGCAGAAGAUACGCAGCCCUGGAGACAUCCUGGGACCGCAGGGUCUCAGUCCUGAGGAGAUGGCCCGGGUUCGGGCCCAGAACAGCAGUGGCAUGAUAGGGGGUCCACAGAAGAUACUCAUGCCCUCACAGUUUCCCAGCCAGGGCCAGCAGGGAUUCUCUGGGGGUCAGGGACCCUACCAAGCCAUGCCCCAGGACGUGGGUAACACUCAAGACCUGUUCAGCCCUGACCAGAGCUCAAUCCCCAUGGGCACUGUGGGCACCACCCGGCUCAGCCACAUGCCUCUUCCCCCUGCAUCCAAUCCUCCUCCUGGCUCUGUGCAUGCAGCCCCCAACCGGGGACUGGGCAGACGGCCUUCAGACCUCACCAUCAGUAUUAAUCAGAUGGGCUCGCCAGGCAUGGGGCACCUGAAGUCACCCACCCUUAGUCAGGUGCACUCACCCCUGGUCACCUCGCCCUCUGCCAACCUCAAGUCACCCCAGACACCCUCGCAGAUGGUACCCUUGCCUUCUGCCAACCCGCCAGGACCUCUCAAGUCACCCCAGGUCCUCAGCUCCUCCCUCAGUGUCCGUUCGCCUACUGGCUCACCCAGCAGGCUCAAGUCUCCUUCCAUGGCAGUGCCUUCUCCGGGCUGGGUUGCCUCGCCCAAGACGGCCAUGCCCAGCCCUGGAGUCACCCAGAAUAAGCAGCCGCCUCUGAACAUGAACUCUUCCUCCACCCUGGGCAACAUGGAACAGGGUGCCCUCCCACCCAGUGGCCCCCGGAGCAGCUCCUCAGCGCCUCCUGCCAACCCUCCUAGCGGCCUCAUGAACCCCAGCCUUCCAUUCACUUCCUCCCCAGACCCCACGCCUUCCCAGAACCCCCUGUCACUGAUGAUGUCCCAGAUGUCCAAGUACGCCAUGCCCAGCUCCACCCCGCUCUACCACAAUGCCAUCAAGACCAUCGCCACCUCAGACGACGAGCUGCUGCCUGACCGGCCCCUGCUCCCCCCACCACCACCACCACCACCACAGGGAUCCGGGCCAGGCAUCAGCAACAACCAGCCCAACCAGAUGCACCUGAACUCCGCUGCUGCCCAGAGCCCCAUGGGCACGAACCUGCCAGGCCAGCAGUCCCUGUCCCAUGAGCCCCCACCUACUAUGUUGCCUUCCCCCACUCCUCUUAGCUCCAACAUUCCACUGCACCCCAAUGCACAGGGGACAGGUGGGCCCCCCCAAAACUCAAUGAUGUUGGCCCCAGGAGGCCCAGACUCCCUGAAUGCCCCCUGUGGCCCUGUGCCCAGCUCUUCCCAGAUGAUGCCCUUCCCCCCUCGGCUGCAGCAGCCCCAUGGUGCCAUGGCCCCCGCUGGGGGUGGGAGUGGGGGGCCUGGCCUGCAGCAGCCCUACCCUUCAGGCAUGCCCCUGCCCCCAGAGGACCUUCCCAACCAGCCACCAGGCCCCAUUCCCUCCCAGCAGCACCUGAUGGGCAAAGGCAUGGCUGGGCGCAUGGGCGACACAUACCCACCGGGGGUGCUCCCCGGGGUGGCAUCAGUGCUGAACGACCCUGAGCUGAGCGAGGUGAUCCGGCCCACCCCGACGGGGAUCCCUGAGUUCGACUUAUCGAGGAUCAUCCCCUCUGAGAAGCCAAGCAGCACCCUCCAGUACUUCCCCAAGAGCGAGAACCAGCCCCCCAAGGCCCAGCCCCCCAAUCUGCAUCUCAUGAACCUGCAGAACAUGAUGGCGGAGCAGACCCCCUCUCGGCCCCCCAACCUUCCGGGCCAGCAGGGAGUACAGCGGGGGCUCAACAUGUCCAUGUGCCACCCUGGACAGAUGUCCUUGCUGGGCAGGACAGGUGUGCCCCCACAGCAGGGCAUGGUGCCCCACGGCCUGCACCAAGGGGUCAUGUCCCCACCACAAGGCCUCAUGACCCAGCAGAAUUUCAUGCUAAUGAAGCAACGAGGUGUGGGGGGUGAGGUCUACAGCCAGCCCCCCCACAUGCUUUCCCCACAGGGCUCCCUCAUGGGCCCCCCACCCCAGCAGAACCUCAUGGUGUCCCACCCCCUGCGGCAGCGCAGUGUCUCUCUGGACAGCCAGAUGGGCUACCUCCCGGCGCCAGGCAGCAUGGCCAACCUGCCCUUCUAGCAGUCUCUAUGGGAACUGGAGCCGGGCAAUACUGCAAAGAUGCUAACCUUCCAAGUUUCUUCCCUCUGGUGUGGGGAUGGCCUGGGUCCAGGGGUGGGGUGAGGGGUGGGAGGGGGCUUGUGUGGGGAGUGGCAUUUGUGGAAACCAGAUGUGCUGGCAGCUUAGGGGAAGUGGCAGAGUGGGGGGUGGGGGGUUUGGGAUUGGGGUUUGUCCCCUUUUGGCCAUCAGGACUGCUCCUCCCCCACCCUCCCAAUUCCUACAGAGCCUCUUUUUUCCCUCUUUCUCUGCGCCCUCCUGCCUUUCAGCUAUGCUUUGGGUCCUUGGGGGAGAAUAGGAGGAGAGGAAGGGCCUCCUUCUCUGUCCCUCAGCUGUCUCGUUGCUCGAGCUCCACUUCUCUUGGUUCCUCUGCUCUUACCCGUUUUUUCCUUCUGUCUUUUCCUGACUCAUCUCCUCUCCCCCACCUCCCUGCAGGCGGCUGGCCAGGUGGGCAGGUGCCAGCCGGAGCUGUAAAUAGAGCGCUGCGCUUUUGUGCCGGUUUGUGCGUGUGCUGUAUUUCUGUGUUUUGAUAGAAGUCACACAAAGGAUAAACAAAACCCUUCCCCCUUCUUCAAAUAAUUGCCCCUCCAUUUCCUUGGAUCCAGGGACUUGUGGUCCUACACACCCACCCACUCAAAGGAUCCCAUUUCUGUCCUCUCUAAAUGGUAAGAUGACAUAGAUGCCCCACACCUAAACUGAGGUCAGACACCAAGGCUUCCACCUGGUGAGCCCCAGCGGGGCUGAGACCCCCCCCCCAGGGCGGCAGCCUGUCUGCUGCUGAGAGAUUUCUGGGAGAACGCAUGCACCAUGCAUUCGUGUUUGCCCACACCCGUGACAUGGGGCCCCGACCUCCUGCUGUGGAUGUCUGGGUGCCCCUGCUGCUACACCUUAGUCAGAACUUGAAGCCCUUUGUCCUCAGUCUGGGAUGAAGGACAGGAAGAAGAGGCGGUGUCAGCAUGGCUCCCUUGAAUGGAGCCGUGGGAGCCCCAUGACAGCAUGACACUGCCAGAGCCUGUGGCUACAGUAGCCCUGGGCCAGGUCACCCCUGGGGCCCUGACUCUUCCAGAGGCCACCACUUACUUCUCACCAAAGAAGGAAGGAACAGGGUUUGGCUGAGUCAGUCUGCCUUCCCUCCAGCCUCGCUCCAGCUUCCCCUGAGGAUUGAAUGGGGGGAAAUGUUGGGGGGGCUGGAGAGUAUUUUGCUGCCUCUUCCCUGCCCAUUCUUGGCAAGGUCCUUCUGCCCAGGGCCCAUCCAGGCACAGCCACUGCCUCCCCUUCAGUCCCCUGCUCCUUCCCAGAAGAGCUCCCUACCCGCCACUGGUAAGAGCUGAAGCCAUACACGACUAGGUGUUUUACCCCCCUUUGGCCCCAGAAGUAAAAAAAAACCUCCUUUUCUCACUUCCUUUCCUGCCUUGUGAGGUGGCGGGGCAGUUCCCUGGCAGAGGCCUUUCCUGCCAAGGGCCAAGGGCCAUUCUAGACAGGGUGUCUUCUACCAGGGCCCCCCUGUCCCCAGCCUUCCUGACCACCUGCAGGGCCUGGUCUUGCGUUGGCAGCUGUAAUACAAAGGGAAUUCGUGCCCACUUCUCCCAGUUGGUGCUGUCCUCUUGGUCCACCGUCAGCCAGGUCAAGCGCCACUUCCUCCACCGGCUGGCUGCAGGCUCCUGACUCCCCGGCACUUCCUAGGACCCAUAGCUGGGCCCUGUGUUGGGGGCGGGGGAAUAUUUGUCCUCCAUCCUGCCAGGUGCUCUGCCUGCCUUGCCUCCACCUGGGCCCCCACCCUUGUCCUCAAACUGUCCAAACUCUACUCUGUUUCCUGCCCUAAGGAGAGGGCUCAGACUGCAAAGAGCCCAAUGCCCUCCAGUCCCCUCUUGUCCCACCUCCGCCACUAGCUUCCCAAGGUGAACUCCACAGGCCAGCCUUCUUCCCUCCAUCCAUGGCCAUACCCCCAGCCAUUUUGUACCAUUAUAUAAAUAUAUAUAUAUAAAUAUAAAUAUAUAAAUACAAUAUGUGAAGACAUCUUGGUUUUUAUUUUGAAACAAUUUUUAGGCUUGUUCCGGGGGUCUCUGUGCUGCCUGUACUGUAUUGACCUGUUUUAUAGGUGCCUUUUUAUUAAAAAGAGAAAAUUCAAAAUCCAAACUCUUUGCCUUUCUGUUUCUGUAUCUGGCUUCUUCAACUGCCCAGCUUGCUAUUGGAUGCUGGGAGAAAAAGCGGGACCCUAGGGCUUCCCUGUCAUUCUGCAAUGAGGGCACAGCCCCCUGGGCCACAGUGCUAAUUUCCCCAGUGGAGGCCUUGCAGGGAGCUUGGCUGAUUGACUUGAGUGGGGCCAGGCAGUUCAGAUGGGCCCUUAGUAAGUGCAGGGGUCCCUGCCACCCCCACCCCAAGAACAGAGGCUGGGAGGAGCAAGGAGAGCCCAGAAGUGCCUGACAGGCCCCAGAGCGCGGAGCAGCUUCCUCUGGUUUCAUCUGAGCAGUAUCCUCUUAGGUAAGGAUACUGGGCCUGGGGACUUCCCUACCCAGGUCUUCUCACGCUGCCCUGCCUAAGGUGAACCCCUGGGUGAGAAGCUGGAUGACAGACUUCCAAAGCAUUGUAUUGAAACUAAGUUUUGGACU